UUACAGAGGACUCACAUAUUACAAAGAAUUGUCUUUCCAUCUUCGCUGUAAGAUCGAUCGGAUCGAAACCCUAGCUCGGCUCUCGAUGGGCCUCUUUUGAUAGGGAGCUCCAUUGGCCUUAAUGCAGAGGUUGCUGUUCUGACAGAAGGCUUAUGCAUCUAUUUGAACACAAUUUUUGCUAAAUGAGGCAUGCAAAUAUGAAAAAUGUGUCUUCUAACGUUGAUGAGAAUGCAAUGCCUAUCACAAGAUCUCGGGCUAAGGCCUUAGCUUCUUCUGGAGGCCUACCCCCUGUAAACCCUUCAACCAAUCAAGAUGGGAAACCACUCACAAGAGCAAAGUCAAAAAGAGGAGCAUCAGAUGAGAAUAAACAAACUACUGGUGCUACUUCUGGUCAGCCAAAGAAAAGAGCUGCUCUGAAGGAUGUCUCAAAUGUAGUCUGUGAAAGUGCAUCCUUGAACUGCAUGUGGGAAACCAGAAUGCAGAGUAAGAAACACCCAGCUAAGAGAACGGCUAAGGUGACACCUGCUAUCUUAGUCAAUAAAAGGCCACAUCUUCAAGUGAAUACGAAACAAAAUAUAAUUGAAGAACACAAUGAAGUAAAGGCUGAGGCAUUGCAAGAACUCCAGUCACCAACAAACUUCACACAAAGUACGUUAACUCAGCAAAGCGAGUGUGAUGCCAUAAAGCAAUGUGGUAUACCAGAUCUUAUGCCUAUGCACAAGAGUACCUCAAUGACUGUUACACAACAGAGUACAUCAACAGGAGAUGAACACAAACUUUGCAAAAAAGAGGGCUUGGAUAGUCUAGGGAUUUCACUCAUUUCAGACAUAGAUUCAAAGCACAGGGAUCCACAAAUGUGCAGUUUGUAUGCCCCUGAUAUAUACACAAAUCUACAUGCUAUGGAGCUAGACCGCAGGCUUUCUUCCUGUUUCAUGGAAAGGAUACAACGGGACAUUACCAAGGGUAUGCGAGGCAUACUGAUUGAUUGGCUUGUUGAGGUUUCUGAAGAAUACAGGCUAGUUCCAGACACAUUGUAUCUGACUGUGAAUCUCAUUGAUCGGUUUCUCUCAGAAAAUUACAUUGAGAAACAAAAACUGCAACUGCUUGGUGUGACAUGCAUGCUCAUUGCUUGCAAGUAUGAAGAAAUUUGUGCACCUCGCGCUGAAGAGUUUUGCCUUAUUACUGACAACACCUACACGAAAGAACAGGUUGUGAAAAUGGAAAGCUGUGUUCUGAACCUUUUGGGCUUUCGACUUUCAAUUCCAACCACUAAGAAGUUCCUCAGGCGAUUCAUUCAAGCAGCACAAGCUUCCUAUGAGGUUCCAUCUGUUGAACUUGAAUUCAUGGCAAAUUAUUUGGCGGAGUUAACUCUAAUUGACUAUAGUUUCCUUAAGUUUCUUCCAUCUCUUAUUGCUGCUUCUGCUGUAUUUCUAGCUCAAUGGACUCUCGAUCAAUCAAAACACCCAUGGAAUCCGACCUUGGAGCAUUACACUAGAUACAAGGCAUCGGAGCUGAAAACUACUGUCUCAGCUCUGCAGGAUUUACAGCUGAAUGCUAAUCAGUGCAGCCUUAAAGCCAUAUGUGAAAAGUACAAGCAGCCAAAGUUCAAGUGCGUGGCAACUCUGACUUCCCCAAAUCUGCUUCAAUCGCUGUUCUCGGAAUCAAAGGUUCUGUCUUUCUGACCAUGGACAAUAACUGUGCUCUUUCUUAAAUCAAGAAGCUGUCUUGAUCUCACCCAUAAUAAUCUCCAUCACCAAGAGCUGUCAUUCUUUUGUUCAUACCUCAAACUUCACCCAAUGUUCUGUUGUUCUGUCAGUCUGUCUAUGCGACAUGGAAACAUUUGAAAGCAGUAAUUAAACGAUAAACGGCCUUUAUGCUGUAUUUAGUUGAGCCUUCUAGUUUCUGAGCCAUAAAUUAACAGCACCAGAUAGUUACUUGCUAUCUAGUAGGUGUUCUCUCUCUGGGCUCAUUGUAUAAACUUCUUUGAUGUGAUGUUAUCUAUCCUUCUUAUUCAAUGAAUAAAUACUUUCGAUUUUAUUUACAAAUUGAAAGAUUUUCAUUUGAUGCAAA